GUUUUCCUUUGCAACUGUUGAUUGUUUGAUCGCCCAAUUUAUUUACCUUUUAAUUACUAAUCAUGAGAUAAUUUAGUUAAUUUCAACUGAUUAAUCCAUUAUCUAGAAAUCUAUUGGAUCAUCGUGAUCGUUUUCGGUUAUUUUCUCGUAAUCUUUUUGAUUACAUUUACCAUUUUCUUUCAAUUUUGUCAACCGGUCUCUUCAUCUGUCAAUCUAAUUGUUGUUGUUGCUUUAAUUUGAUUUCUUUCAAAGAUGAGCGAGAUUGGAACAAUGAAUCUUAUUUAAAUGGUAACAGCUGUUGGCAGAUUAAAAGAUUUGGAUUGAUGUGAUUAAACAUUUUUACAAUUAGUUGAUUGUACAGUUAAUCCAUCCAAUUGCUAUCCAUCCCUAUGUGUUUUUUUAACAAUGGAUUCAAUUAGUUUUACUCAUUACUGUCUUAAUUGAUCAACUUAAACCUCAUCAACAUCUCUCUCAUUACUUGAAAUAUUUUCUCAAGAGGGAGUUACUCAUUUACUUAUCUCUUUUAAUUAUCUGGUUAAUUCUUAAUCCGGUUGAUCUCAUACUUAUCCCGUGACAAUUUAAUCUUCGUAAUCAUUAUGGUCACUCGACAUCACAGCGAAACAUUCCAAACCCUUAGAAAUAAAGCUUCAAAAUAUCGGAGUUUCACUCGAUAUGAAUCUAGUGAAGAGGAAAGAAUUACAUUGGUCAAUAAUGAAGAAAAUGGUUACAUUGAAUCGGGUGUGGUCGAUGCUCCAUAUUGGGUUGCAUUUGUUGAUCAAUUUCGCUUUGAAACCAACAAAAUAAGCAAAAAAAUUGAUGAUCUGGAAGAUAUUCAACGAAAUUUAUUGAAACUUAAAAACAAGGAGAUUUUUGGUGAUGAUUCUUUUGAUGUUAAUCGUGAAAGUGAAAUUGAUCAAAAGUGCCAAGAGAUUAGUCGUCUUUUUAAUCGUUUACAUUCACUAGUUAAUCAGGUGAAAAAUAUUCCUCGAGGGGAAGGAUUAAAAGACAGGAUUAUACGUAAUAUACUUCAAUGGGAAUAUCAAGUGAUUAGUAAUCUUUCAUCAAAAUUUCGUGAAGUUCAGAAAGGUUACCUUUCCAAGAUUAGGGAAUACGAUGAUUAUAUGAUUAAAUUUGACGAAACCGAUCCCAAUGAUCCUCUUGGAGCCAUGUCAACUUAUCAGGAUAUCAAUUUAUUGGAUAAUUUUACAUCUCCCGGUGAUGAGGAAUCUAAUAAUCGGGCAACAGGAAAAUCUCACCAACAACAACAGCAACUUAUCGGAUCGACAUUUGUUUCUAGUGAUACUAAAUUUUUGCGUCAACGGGAACACGAGAUGAACACUAUUCUUAAAUCAAUGGAAGAAUUAAACUCAAUCUUUCAAGAUAUAAACACGGCAGUUAUUAAUCAAGGUUCUCUCCUGGAUAGAAUUGAUUAUAAUAUUGAGAAUGUUGAGAUGUCGGUACAUCAGGGGGUCAUCGAAUUGGCCAAAGCGGAGAAAAGUGUCCGUCGAUCUCGUAAAAUGAAAUGUGUCAUGAUAAUCGCUUUGUCAAUUCUUCUUCUUCUAAUAAUCAUCAUCAUUCAAUCGUAAACAUCACCAUUGAUAAGAAUCAUUAUCAUAUUGAUCAUACACCAAAAGUCAAAAAUUGUUCCACAAUUUAAAUUGUGUGUUUAUCUGUGUUUUAAUCUGUGUAAGUGUUUUUCUUUUCGCUGGUCUUUAAAAAAGAAACACCGAAAUUAAAAGAAUGCAUGAAAAACAAAACAA